AACAAGCAGGACUCGCGUUUCCAUGGAAUGCUAUGUUGUUGACGAUACCUCCGAUAGGUGGCUGCUAUUGGAAGAAAGAUGGUUUGACAAGACAAUUGUGUUGUGGAAAGAAAAAAAAAUUUCAACGGAAAUGGCUACCCAAAAGCCCGUAGAAUGGGUUUCUUCGUUGAUUAUUCGUUUUGAAGAACAGUUACCUUACCGAACAGGACCACAAACAUCACAUGCACGUCAAAUGGUGGAACAAAAUAAGGAGUGUCUCAUCCAAAUCAGCAAAUAUAAAUUUUCUCUAGUGAUAUCAGGACUUACGAAGAUUUUACAGAGGGUCAAUGAAUCAAGAACACAUGGACCUGACUAUGAGAAAAAUUAUUAUGAAUCAUUACUAAUUGUAUUAGACACUUUAGAGAAAUGUCUCAGUGGUCAACCUAAGGAUACAACAAGAUUUGAUGAAGCCAUGAAUGUAAAACUGUUACUACGAGAAAUCUGCCAAUUUAUUGAUUUGCCAAAUGAAAAUCCAAUGGUUAACCAGCUUAAAGCUUUAGCUUCAAAAGUUUUAUUUGCUCUUAGUCUCAACAAUUUCAAUGCCGUUUUCAGUCGGAUAUCAUCAAGAUUGCAAGAGUUAAGUUCAUCCAACGAAGAGAAUCCUGACUUAAGUGACAUCGAACUCAUCCAACACAUAAAUGUAGAUACGAUACGACUAAUAAAAUUGUUGAAUGAGACAAUAUCAAAAAGUAAAUUAUUAAGAAAAUCGGUGCAUUUAGUUUUGAUCGCCUCUUUAGAAAAAGCUAUUUGGAAUUGGAUGGAUACUUACCCACACGAGUUUACUGAAAUUCAAAAAUGUCCUAAUGCAGACUUGUCAAAGUGUUGCGAGCAGCUUUUUGACAUACUUGAUUCGUUUGCGGAAAACAACAAACGGCGCGCGGCAGUAUGGCCAUUACAGAUCAUGUUGUUGGUUAUAUCGCCUAAAGUGUUGGAAGAAAUUGUAAACGCGGAUUCUGGAGCUCCUUGCUCACCUCGGCAUUCACGUAAAAAGACAUUUCUAGAUUCCCUAAAAAAAGCCCUGGCGCCCCACAGCUCUAGUCGACAACUGACAGAAGCGGCUGCCGUCACUGCCGUCAAGCUUUGUAAGGUCUCUACUUACAUUCAUUUCUUGGAUUCCGGAAAUGUUGUUUUUGCUCUUGUUCAGUCUGUGCUCAACGACUUGAAAGUGUUACUGUUCAAUCCGGGCAAGCCAUUUUCCCGCGGACAGGCCUACAUGAAUCAGGACAUCGAUUUGAUGAUUGACUGUUUCGUAUCUUGUUUCCGCAUAAAUCCCCACAACAACGAAGCUCUUAAAGUAUGCCUCAAUCCACAUUCACCUCCAACUUUUCACUAUGUCCUCGUUGCCUCCCUCUACAGAAUUAUCACACAGCAACUCUUGUCGUGGUGGCCACAUAUUGACCUAAUGUACAACAAGUCAGCCGAACUGCGGGCCAUGUUUAUCGAUACGUUAACGAAAGUCACGCAAGGCUGUAUCUCUCACACUCCACUUAGAAUGAUUCAGUUAUGCCAGAGUCUGACACUAAAAGAAAAAGUGAAUCCGCUUAAGAACUUCAAGGAGAAAGCGUCGGAAGAGGGUCCUUCUUACAAAAACUUGCUAUUGUCGAUGGUCCGAUUGAUUCAUGCCAAUCCGCUGCUCAUGUUAAACAACCAAGGGAAAGCUGGACACGAGAUUCAAAGCUCUACACUGGAAUUAAUCAAUGGUUUAGUUUCGCUGGUUCAUCAACCCAAUAUGGCUGACAUGGCACAGGAGGCCAUGGACGCCUUACUCGUGCUUCAUCAACCAGAAAAAAUUGAGAUGUGGAAUCCUGAAGCCCCGAUUAACACCUUUUGGGACGUCAGUUCACAAGUCCUAUUCAGUAUAUCGCAAAAGCUGAUCCAACACCAGAUUGUCAAUUAUACCGAUAUAUUGCGUUGGCUACGUGAAGUGCUGACCUGCCGGAAUUCCUUCUUACUUCGACAUCGAGAUUACGCUAACGUGGGUAGUCAAGUCAGCGUUGCUAAGCAAGCGCACAUCAAACUUGAGGUGGUGUUUUUCCUCUAUUUGUGGAGUAUUGACAUGGAUGCCGUCCUUGUUUCGAUGAGCUGUUUCAACCUACUAUGCGAAGAGGCCGAUAUCCGCUGUGGAAGUGACGACGUAACGGUCACGUAUCUGCUACCCAAUUACCACGUCUACCAGGAACUUGCCGCUGCUUCCACUGUUCUCACAACCGCCGGCUUGGAUUCUCGUGCUCCCUGCCAACAACUACAGCACGGGCGUGCUGCCUUACAGAAGCGAAUCAUGACAUUGCUGCGUAAAAUUGAACAUUGUACGCCUGGGUGCCUACAGGCAUGGGAAGAUACAUUCAAAAAUUGGGAUAUUGCCACUAAGCAGUUACAGUCUUAUCCAAAAGCUCGCGUGGAAGAAGGGCAAACCAAUGAAUCUUUUCACCGAUCAGCCGGCAAACGGAGAGCAUCUCAUCAGAGCACGGAACAUGAACUAGAGGAUCAAGUCAACGAGUGGGCUAACAUGACGGGCUUCCUUUGUGCGCUCGGAGGUGUUUGUCUGCAGCGACGCUCUCCCCGACCGAUUUUAUCAUCGACGUCUACCCCUUCAGGCGGAGUAAUUGAUCGGAAAUCCAACGUAAUUUGUUUAAAGUUCGCAUCUAAUUUAAACGAUGUUGAUUAACUCUUGUUUUUAAUGCAGCUUGUGGCGAACAAUUUAAGUCAAAUGCAAGAUAAUAAUCAGUACUGCCCGGUAACUUCAUUCGUGGGACACCUUCUGCGGCUGUUGUUGUGCGCCAACGAAAAAUUUGGUGCUCAAAUCCAGAAACAUGUCAAGGAACUAGUGGGCCACGAAAUGGCCCCCGCUCUGUACCCUAUCCUCUUUGACCAAAUUAAGGCACUCGUGGAAAAGUUUUUUGAUCAUACUGGUCAGGUUGUGGUUAACGAAUCACAUACGCAGUUCAUCGAGCACGUCAUUUUCAUCAUGAAGAAUGUGUUAGAAAACAGUAAUAACAAGAACGACACACCUGCAGAGCAUUUGGGUGUAACCAGUAUUGAAGGAAUGAUGCUUGCAAUUGUCCGAUAUGUACGCCAUUUGGAUACUACAGUUCACGCCAUACACAUCAAAACAAAAUUGUGCCAACUAGUGGAGACGAUGAUGGCCCGUCGCGAUGAUUUAGCCUUCCGCCAGGAGAUGAAGUUCCGAAAUAAGCUAGUCGAAUACCUCACUGACUGGGUCAUGGGUAAUUCUCAUCAAAUUGCCCCGCCUAGUUCCGGUGAUGUUAGCUCCAUAACUAGGGAUCUGGACCAGGCAUGCAUGGAUGCGGUUGCGGCUUUAUUGCGUGGCUUGCCUCUUCAACCGGAAGAGUCAGAUAGAGGUGAUUUGAUGGAAGCCAAGUCGCAGCUGUUCCUGAAAUACUUCACCCUUUUCAUGAACCUUCUGAAUGACUGCACCGAUGUGUCAGAAAUUGAAAAAGAGGUUGGUGCUCGCUCUCGAGUGGGCGUUGCUGUUGGGGUAGGAGUUGGUGUUGGUGCUGUGGCAGUAGCAGCAUCCCGGCUCGCCAAUCUGCGCAACUCCACCAUUCAGGCCAUGUCCAAUCUCCUGAGUGCCAAUAUUGACUCUGGCCUGAUGCAUUCAAUCGGACUUGGCUACCACAAAGAUCUUCAGACUCGUGCAGCUUUUAUCGAGGUGUUGACGAAAAUUCUCCAACAAGGCACAGAAUUCGACACCCUGGCUGAGACGGUACUUGCAGACCGCUUUGAGCAGCUAGUUCAGCUUGUUACGAUGAUUGGAGACAAAGGCGAAUUACCCAUUGCCAUGGCUUUGGCUUCCGUCGUUGUCACUCCUCAAAUGGAUGAGUUAGCUAGGGUGUUUGUGACCCUUUUUGAUGCCAAACAUUUGUUAGCCCCAUUAUUAUGGAAUAUGUUUUACAAGGAAGUCGAAGUCUCUGAUUGUAUGCAAACUCUUUUUCGUGGCAACAGCUUAGCAUCCAAGAUCAUGGCAUUCUGCUUCAAAAUCUAUGGCGCUUCAUAUCUUCAUAAUUUAUUACAACCCCUCUUGAAGCCGCUGUUGGAGAAUCCAUCAAUGAGUUUUGAAGUUGAUCCAGCGCGAUUAGACACCAAAGAUGAUAUUAAUGAAAAUCGCAACAAUCUAGUGACGUUAACCGAACGCGUUUUCUGUGCCAUUGUCUCAUCUGCAGACAAGUUUCCAACACAGUUGCGUAGCAUGUGCCAUUGCCUUUAUCAAGUGUUGAGUAAGCGGUAUCCACAAUUCCCUCAAAACAAUAUCGGAGCUGUAGGCACAGUGAUAUUUCUGCGCUUCAUCAAUCCAGCAAUUGUGUCCCCUUAUGAGAUGGGUAUCCUUGAUCGGCAGCCACCACAUACCAUUAAAAGAGGUUUGAUGCUUAUGUCGAAGACGCUACAAAAUAUUGCCAAUCACGUUGAAUUCUCAAAGGAACAGCAUAUGCUCUACUUCAACGAUUUGCUAAGAUCACAUUUCGAUGCCGGACGGAGGUUCUUCAUUCAAAUUGCCUCUGAUUUCGAGACGGCUGAACAGGGCAGUAGUCAUUCAAUGGCUUUCAUAAGCGAUGCUAAUGUGCUGGCUCUUCACCGGCUGUUGUGGAACCACCAGGAAAAGAUUGGCGAUUAUUUAUCUUCGAGCCGAGAUCACAAAGCCGUUGGUCGAAGACCUUUCGACAAGAUGGCCACUCUUUUAGCGUAUUUAGGACCACCAGAGCACAAACCUGUUGAUUCUCAGUAAGAAAUAGAACUAUUUUUUCUCAUUCUUCUAAAAAUUGUAAUGACGCCCGUAUUUUUACCUUAAAGGUGGAGUAGUAUGGACAUGACGAGCACAAAAUUCGAAGAAAUCAUGUCCAAGCACAAUAUGCACGAGAAAGAUGAAUUCAAAUCCAUUAAAUCGCUCAACAUCUUCUACCAGGCAGGCACUUCCAAGGCUGGCAAUCCUGUCUUUUAUUAUAUUGCUCGGCGCUACAAGAUCGGCGAGACGAACGGCGAUUUGCUCAUUUAUCACGUGAUCCUAACACUGAAGCCCUUCUGCAGCAAGCCAUUUGAAUUGGUGGUCGACUUUACUCACACAUGUUCCGAUAACCGCUUUCGUACCGAAUUCCUUCAAAAAUGGUUUGUCGUCCUGCCCGAAAUUGCCUACGAAAACAUCCAUGCGUGCUACAUCUAUAAUUGCAACUCGUGGGUUCGUGAGUAUACAAAAUACCAUGACCGCAUCCUAGCUCCGCUUAAAGGCAACCGAAAACUUUAUUUUUUGGAUGGGCCUCAGCGGCUCAGCGAAUUUGUUGACGUGGAGCAACAGAAACUGCCAGGAGCUACCCUCUCGCUUGACGAAGAUCUCAAAGUGUUCAACAACGCACUGAAGCUAUCGCACAAAGACACCAAAGUGGCCAUCAAGGUAGGCCCGACUGCCAUUCAAGUAACGGCUGUCGAGAAGACGAAGGUCCUGUCGCACUCUGUUCUCUUGAACGACGUGUAUUAUGCGUCUGAAAUCGAGGAAGUGUGUCUUGUUGAUGACAAUCAAUUCACCUUGACUAUAGCCAAUGAAUCUGGACCGCUGUCUUUUAUUCAUAACGAUUGCGACAGCAUAGUUCAAGCCAUCAUUCACAUAAGAACGCGCUGGGAGCUUUCACAACCCGACUCGGUCACCGUUCAUCAGAAAAUCCGACCCAAAGAUGUUCCUGGUACUCUACUGAACAUGGCACUUCUCAAUCUUGGUUCCUCUGAUCCAAACUUGAGAACGGCCGCUUACAAUUUACUAUGCGCCCUGACGGGCACAUUCGACUUGAAGAUCGAAGGACAACUUUUGGAAACAUCUGGUUUAUGCAUUCCCAGCAACAAUACGCUUUUCAUCAAGUCCGUCAGUGAGAAAUUGGGCCACAACGAGCCUCACCUGACGCUGGAAUUUUUGGAAGAGUGCAUCCAAGGUUUCCGAGCUUCUACCAUUGAACUGAAACAUCUUUGCCUCGAAUACAUGACGCCCUGGCUGCCUAAUCUGGUGCGCUUCUGCAAGCACUCUGAUGAGACCAAACGCCAAAAAGUUGCCAUCAUCCUGGAUAAGCUCAUCACUUUGACGAUCGAAGAAGUGGAAAUGUACCCAUCCAUCCAAGCCAAAAUCUGGGGAAAUUUAGGAAUCGUCUCAGAACUUAUCGACAUGAUCCUUGAUAGCUUUAUCAAGCGAUCGGUGACCGGUGGACUCGGUUCAGCUCAGGCCGAGAUCAUGGCUGACACGGCAGUAGCGCUGGCUUCAGCCAAUGUUCAGCUCGUGGCACGCAAAGUCAUUGGCCGUCUUUGUCGUGUCUUGGAAAAGACAUGCACCAGCCCAACGGCGAACCUGGAACAACACUUGAUGUGGGACGAUAUUGCCAUCUUGGCCCGUUACUUGCUCAUGUUGUCGUUCAACAACUGUCUGGACGUGGCUCGCCAUCUACCCUAUCUCUUUCACUCUAUCACUUUGCUCGUGUGUACCGGUCCGCUGAGCCUUCGAGCCUCACUUCAUGGCUUGGUGAUUAACAUCAUUCAUUCACUGUGCACUUGCACCAAACCUUCGUUUUCAGAAGAGACGCGUCGUGUCUUGAAUCUGUCGCUGGAUGAAUUUUCACUGCCCAAAUUUUACUUACUCUUCGGUAUCAGCAAAGUCAAGUCUGCAGCUGUAACAGCUUUCCGUUCCAGCUACAGACACGGCCCUGGAGAGCGUUCAUGGCACAACGUGGAACGAAGCUUUUCUGGAUCGGCCGCUUCCGACCGUGAAAGGCUCUCGCUGACUUCUCUUGAAAUCAUUACGGAUGCUUUGCUGGAAAUGCUUGAGGCUUGUGCCCGAGACAUCCCCGAAUGUGAUUGGGUUCAAGUAUGGACCACUCUUGCGAAAAGUUUUGCCUUCCGCUAUAAUCCAGCGCUGCAGCCGAGGGCUUUGAUAGUUUAUGGCUGUAUCAGCAAAGUGAUUACAGAUCGUGAUGUAAAACAAUUGUUGCGUAUUUUGGUUAAAGCUCUGGAGAGUUUUACCGACACGACACUGAUCGAUGCUAUCGUCAUGUGUUUGACUCGAGUCCUUCCUCUUCUCCGACCGGAAUCGCCCAUCCAUCCAGCAGUCUUUUGGGUGGCUAUCUCUGUGUUGCAGCUGGACGAGGUCUCGUUGUACGCUUCUGGAUUAGCACUUCUAGAACAGAACUUGCAUACACUCGAUUCCCAAGGAUUAUUCGAGUCACGAUCGCUAGAACAGGUUAUUAUGGCGGCUAGGGAACCUCUCGAAUGGCAUUUUAAGCAGCUAGAUCACACUGUCGGUCUUAGUUUCAAGACAAGUUUCCAUUUUGCAUUGGUGGGCCACCUCCUGAAAGGUUUCCGACAUUUGACGCCGACAACAGUCUCUCGAACAACACGCAUUCUCAACAUGUUGCUAGCCAUCGUGGCCAAACCUAACAAACGCGACAAAUUCGAAGUGACUCCGCAGUCAGUUGCCUACCUGGCCGCGUUAGUUUCCGUCUCGGAGGAGGUUCGCGGCCGUUGUCAUGCCCGGCAGCCGCGAUUACGCAGCAACAACAGUUCUGGAUCGGGAUCAGGUUCCGGUUCAGGAUCGGUUUCUGGUUCAGCGAUGGGUUCCAACGAUCCGUUCAACGUCAGCGACCUUCGCCUUGAUCUCCACACUGCAGGGAUUCGGCAUAACUCUACCGCCUUGGGUGGAGGUAACCAUCAAACUGGUGGAACUGGAGUGACAACGACUACUGGUACUGGAAGUCUUAGUCCAAUCAGUAAUUAUAGCUGCGCCAGCACGGCCUUGCUGCACACAUCAGCCAGCCACAACGCUCUUUCUAGCAUCCAAGGUUCAACGCUCAACAGUCCGAUUUCGUCGGGUUCCAAUAACUCGAGCACCACCCAUCUUUUGGUACCUGUCGGUGGCGGUUCAUGUAGCUCUCAGACGGCGCUCAUUCCCAGUCUAGUGGAUUCCGAUUCGCCUCCUUCUGGCCGAAGGCAAACGUCGUGGGAUCUUCUGGACCAGAAUGCCAUCAGCCAGGCCAAACAGCAGCAACAGAAACAACAAAACCAAUCGCAGCUUCAAAACCAGUCGACCCAAGCUCAGCAACAAGCAGACGGAUCUGGUGCCAAAGCCCUGUUCAAAACCCAGCGAUCUUUCUCCGUUCCGACUACACGUGAUCAGCGGUCACUCGAACGCAAUUCCAGCAAUUGUCAGAAAGGUGGCGAGCGCAGUCAAUCUCCCAAUUCCAACAACACUGUCGCUUGCACUACAGCAAACAGCAGUGCCGGUACGACAACGCCCACGCCACCGGCCAGUUGCACUCGCCGACCUGAGCGAGGAUCCGUCUCGGGCGAAUCUAAUUGCCUCUUGGAUCCCGAAAUUCUAACCAACUUUCCGACCCAAGCCCUAGUGUUGACGGUGUUGGCAACGUUGGUCAAGUACACGACGGACGAGAACGAAAUGCGAGUCUUGUACGAAUACCUUGCCGAGGCGUCGGUAGUCUUCCCCCGCGUCUUCCCCAUCAUUCAUUCGCUGUUGGAUGCCAAAAUCACCAAUGUUCUCUCGCUCUGUCACGACCAGGGCAUCCUUGCUGCUGUCCAGAGUAUUAUUCAGAACAUGAUCGCCCUCGAAGGGGCAGCAGGUGAGCAGCAGCAGCAAUUGCACUACUUGCAAAGUUGUGGCUUUGGUGGACUUUGGCGCUUUGCUGGACCGUUCACCAAGUCGAACUGCACUGCGGAAAGUGCUGAGCUUUUCGUCAACUGCUUGGAAGCUCUAGUGGAGACAUGUUUGCCGGCGGAAGAGGGUGAAGCUGACCUUGCGCCAUUCCCUUCCAUGCUCAGCGUCUCCUCUAAUAUGAACCUGUCUUCUUCGCUGUCCUCCAUCACCUUGGGAUCUCCCACCGAUAAAGCAAAGUAAUGGAACAUUUUAUCAAAAGAAAAGAAACCCUAGCUCGCCAAAAAUGCCAACGAAAAAGAAGUAAACUCAAACACGUUUGCCACUUCCGCCAAUCGAUUGUUCUCAGUCUAUAUACCUUUCCUUCGCUCUCUGAUGGAAACGAUUCCAGCAUUUCACCACGUUCAAAAGUCAGUGUUACAAAAGACAUUGUGGGUCCCCCGAUGUGUGCGUGUUUGCCCUUAUUAUUGUACAGUCUUUCUUAAUUGACCGUUCCUUCUUUUCUCUGUGUUUCACGGCUUGGCUGUGUGUAUGUAUCAUUGUAUCCCACUCCCACCUCCGUCUCUUUCUAGCCAGCUUUGAUGCAUCCUUCGUUACUCGUUGAUUUGUUUCGUUUUCAACAAAAAUAAUAAGAAAAAAAAAACAAGAAAAAAAAGUAGGGAAGAAUAACAUCAACAAACCCACAAAUGAAAAUCCUCACAUUUGAUUGCAAAGUUGAGGCAGGGUCCGUGGCGUGUUUCCCGCGCUUCCGAUACAUAUACAGAGGUUAUGUAUACAUGUAUGAACAAUUCUGUUGUGUGUGAGUGAUGCGAAUCGAGGCUAGAAGAGGUGAUUGUUUCGACGUACAGCUAUUGUUAUAUUUACGAAUUGUGCUGGAAAAUAGGGAAGGGUGAUCGGAAGAAUCCGAAUAUCGCACGCAUUCACACGCACGUACACAUGCGCGCACGCUACUGUUGUCCGUUUGAUCUCGCUGUUUGAAGGAAAACAAAAUUUAUUUAUAAACAAAACUCCCCUGUACACUCACACAACCACGUACACAUGAAGACGUCGAAUGUUUUCUUUCUUUUUUUUACGGGAAAAACAAUUCCUUUUCCAAAUGCGCUCUCUUUCGUCCGCCCCCCCCCCAUUUUAUUUUUGGUUUUUAUUCCCCUCUAGUAUCUCGUCUUCGAUAUUUAACUCUCCGUCUUUCGUCAUUGUAAAGUCGUUGGUUUAAAUAUAAUCACAGUGCUACUUAAAACAUGAA